AUGUCCGAUCGUCCCCUCGCUACCAAGCGUCGUAGCCACUCCCCCAUGGUAAAGGACGAGGACGACUUAUAUUCGCGUCCCGCCAUCAUGGCUCCCCAGGCCGCGGCUACCGACCCGCAGGCUUUGCAACGGGCCCACCUGCAACCCACGACCCAGUCGCAAAGGGCCGCAACGCGGCUUCGCAAUCGACAAAGCCAGGAAGACUCGCAGUACUCCGAGAGCGGCUUCAGUUUCGACGCCAGCCAGGGGACAGACGCGGGGUUUGACGCCAGCCAGGCAGUCACGUCUCCGAUAGAGGACGGUCAGGCUGCGACAACCCAGCCACCAGCGCCGGAAGUCCCUAAGCGUAAGAGGGGAAGGCCACCAAGUAAUGUCCGAGCUUCCCGUUCCCAUUACCCCGACAUAUGGAACGGGUUUCCGGUAACUGAGACUACGGCGUUCCAGGAUACGCAAUGUGAGCUCGUAGAACCGGGCAAUGUCCUCGGUGAUGUCGGAGAAGUUCCCCCUGCUCCGAAAUUAUCUGCCGACUCGGCGCGUAGGAUUGUUCUGGAGGUACGACUAGCUCUAGAAUGCCAUAGAGCCUGGUUGGUGCAUAGACGCAAAGAUGGGCUGAAGGGAAAGCCCAUUCUGCCGGGCGGGUGGAUUGAGGUGGCCGCUUCCAGAGCUUUGAAUAUCCGGAGUGUUGACGGCCUCAAGACUUUGACUCGGAAGUUCCCUCUCGGUCAGUACACCGUUAUCGGCGACCGCCUGGCGGACGCGACGGGGGUGGGGGUGGGGUUCAUCAUCUGAAGGUUCGGAGGUUACGCGAAAUUUGUGUGUAUGGUUUGGUUAUUACUUUUAUGUUAUUGCUUUUCUGUUG